AUGGAUUUCGGCUUGCCCAGCCCAGCGGCCAAGGAGGAUUCAUAUUGGUGGGAGAAAGCCGUCCUCGUCUUUGUUAUGAUUGUGUAUAUGAUUUUCCCUUUAGUGGCAUUCAUCAAUCGUCGCCAACGACACGCUCAAUCCAGAGUGUCUGAUGCAAUGCGUGAGUGCGAGAAUUGUUCGGUGGAUUUAGCACACAGCCUUGUGCCAGAGGCAGCUCUUCCGGAAUACCGGUUUCGAGGGAUGCGCCUCAAGAUGUCAGCGAUUCACGUUGGCUUCGACAAUGUCGGCGUGAAGUUGAAGUCUAAUGGACGUUGCAUAUUGGAAGGUGUCACCGGUGCCUUCCGUCCUCGAAAGAUGGCUGCGAUUAUGGGCCCGUCCGGUGCAGGGAAGACGACCUUCAUGAAUGCGAUUUGUGGCCGAGCAUACUACGGGACCGUGAGCGGCGAGAUCCGCAUUAACGGGCAUGUCAGCAGCAUAGCUGAGAUCAAGGAGCUGAGGGGCUUCGUUCCACAAGACGACAUCGUGCAUGAACACCUAACGGUUCGUGAGCAGCUCUACUAUUCAGCAAGGCUCAGGAAUCGUGACAAGACGCCAGCCCGCGUGAUUGACUACAUUGUCGAAGACGUCCUAAACGUCAUGCACUUGACAGAUGUGCAGCACAGCAUAGUCGGCAAUGUGGAGGAGACGCGAGGCAUAAGCGGCGGCCAACGUAAACGGGUCAACAUUGGUUUAGAACUCGCAGCACGGCCGACGAUCUUGAUGUUGGACGAGCCGACGUCUGGUCUAGAUGCCACGACGGCCCUGGAUAUCAUGCGCUCGCUGAAAACAUUGUCAGAGAUUGGCAUGACAGUGGUCAUGGUGGUGCACCAGCCGCGAUACUCCCUAUUUACCCUGUUCGAUGAGGUGCUCCUCCUGGGGUUGGGAGGGCAGACAGUCUAUCUCGGCAACAGCAGAGGCGUUCUGCCGUAUUUCACCAGCUUGAAUUUCAACAUGCCUGAGCAUGAGAACCCUGCCGAUUGGUUCAUGGAUGUGAUUUCAGGCAAGGUGAAGAACGAAGCCAACCCGAACCUGAAGUCCGACGGGCUUGCAGAAGUUUGGGCUCAGCGUUUCACCGAGAUUGUCGUUGAAUCUGGUGAGGAAUCUCAGGUUCGAAGAGCCGAACUGUUCACCUUUUCUAAAGCUCUGGCUGCCAAGUUAGCAGGCGCAGGCCUGGAUUCGGACACCAUUACCGAAGAGAACUUCCUGAAGCUCUUGGAAGAGAGCGGGGUGCAGGAACCAUCUUCCGAUGCCCUUCGGGAGUUGAAGGCUCGUAUCGGAUUCGAGGGAAACUCAGUCUCCCGGGAGCAGCUCUCUAGCUUCCUCUAUGGAUUGAACAAUGCCUUCUCCAGCGACGCGCUCAGCGAUAUUGCCAAUGUUCAGAAAGAAAUGGAAGCUUCAGAGGCCUCUGCCAGCACGGUCGGGAGCGUCAAAGUCAGCCAGGAGAAGAUGUCCGGAAAGCGCGCACGCUUGUGUGCACAGUACCCUGUCCUACUCCACCAAAACAUUAUUCGGUGGAUGAGGCUCUGGAAACAUAAGGCAUUCAGUUUGGCGUUGAUGUCGCUGGCUGCAAUUGUGUUUGGCAUCCAAUGCAAGGACAAGCUUACACCGGAGAACGUCCUCUGCCCCAUCAAGAUCAACAUCUCGCAUGUCGCUAUUGGGCUCCUCAUGGGCAUUGCUUGCCUCCCGAUCUUCGGAUCUGAUCGCAUGGUGUUUUGGCGGGAGAGUGCAAGUGGCAUCAGGGUGAGCGCAUUCUUCUUGUCCAGGGUGACAGUCUUCCUUUUCGAUGUGCUUGUCUGGACCUACGUGUUCACUGCAGUUUGGAAGGUAAGCUCCGAAGCUCCAUGUGGGUAUUGGCUUUGGCUGGUGGCCUUACGCAUGACUGCAGUCAGUGCAGCAGGCAUUGGGGUUCUGAUUUCGACCCUGAUCCCCAAGUCCGGUUCGACAUUGGCAACAGCUGUGGUUUUGCUCAUUAUGGGAGGUGCCAUCAGUGAACCUCAAGUUGUUGCAGAAGCGAAAGGAAGCUUUAAUGAAGUACUAGCAUUCCUUUCCCCAUUCACGUGGACAUCUGGACAGAACUACUUGGCAGUUAUCGCAGAGUUCGGGGGCGAGGAUUACGUGAACAUCUUCGCCCUAGACAUGAUGGAUGGCUACCGCAAUGUCCUGCUGUCCAUAAACCUGGGCGGCCAGAAUUUGGAUUACCUUCCUGCAGCAUACAUUUCCUGCAGCAUUUUCGGUGUUCUCGGGUUGACUUUUGGGAGGCUUUGCACCGCAAUCGCCUUGGCCAACCAACUUGUGAGUGGGCCCGUCGUGUCCCGACAUAAAGAGGCGACGGGGUUAGAUAUGGAAGCGGCACAAGCUUGGGAGCUGUGCGUACUCUUGCUUGUAGCUGCUGGAUAUGUUGCAAUCAUUGUGAACUCUUUCCUGAACCGUAUCGGGCGCAAGCAGCAGUCCAGACGCUCAGAGGUCUUGGCAGAGUGUGAGCGCUGUUCAGUGGAGUUGGUGCACAACCUGGUGCCAGAUGCCACUGUGCCAGAUUACCGGUUUCGCGGCAUGCAUCUGAAGAUGUCCUCGAUCCACAUCGGAUUCGACAACGUGGGUGUGAAAUUAAAGUCCAAUGGGCGGUGCAUUCUCGAGGGUGUGACAGGCGAGUUCCAACCCAAGAGAGUGGCGGCCAUCAUGGGACCAUCUGGUGCAGGCAAAACAACAUUCAUGAAUGCUCUCUGCGGUCGGGCAUACUACGGGACCGCCGCAGCAUUUGACAGUGUCAGUUUGCAAAGUCAUGUAGAGGGCAACGUGACAGUGAGCGGGGAGAUUCGGCUGAAUGGUCGGCCGGCCAGCAUUGCCGAGUUCAAGCCGUUGAGAGGAUUCGUUCCUCAGGAUGACAUUGUCCAUGCUCAUCUGACUGUUCGCUUCUCGGCUGAACGCGAGCAGAUCUUCUACUCUGCCAAGCUGAGAAAUCCAGAAGGAACAGCCCCGGAAGUCUUGGACAGCAUCGUCGAAGAUGUCCUAAAUGUGAUGCAGCUGCUUGACGUUCAGCACAGUCUGGUGGGAAAUGUGGAGACUCGUGGCAUAAGCGGUGGCCAGCGGAAGCGUGUCAACAUUGGACUGGAGCUUGCAGCUCGGCCCACCAUCCUGAUGCUGGACGAGCCGACCUCCGGUUUAGAUGCCACUACGGCCCUUGACAUUGUUCGGUCGUUGCAGAAGCUCACGGAGAUCGGCAUGACUGUCGUCAUGGUUGUGCACCAGCCACGAUAUUCGCUGUUCACGCUGUUCCACGAGGUACUACUGCUCGGCCUGGGCGGCCAGACCGUAUACCUCGGCCCAAGCACUGGAGCGUUGCCUUACUUCAAAAGCCUCGGAUUUCCCAUUCCUCAGCACGAAAACCCGGCUGAUUGGUUCAUGGACGUGAUUUCCGGAAAAGUCCGGAAUGAAGGGGCCCCAUCUCCGUCCCGCAAACAGACAGAGCUAGCCAGUCACUGGAAAGAAGCCAAGCAAGGCCCAGAACGUUCCAUGGGACAUCGUCAUGCAACAAAUCCGGAUGACAAGUUCAAGUUCCAUAAUGCGGUUGACUCAAAGCUUGAGCUGCUUGGCUUGGGUGAGAUCAGAUCCAUAAGUGGUGGGCACUUCUCGCAAAUUCUCCAGUCAGCUGGCAUCUCGCCUUCGGAGCCUGCACUUGCAGAGAUGAAGAAGCGGAUUGGCUUUGAAGAUGACUCAGUGAGCCGCCGUGGGCUGGCGCGUUUCCUCUUGGGCUUGAGAAGUUCCUUCUCAAACGAUGCAUUGAGCGACCUGCCUGACUGGGAAAAGGACAUGGAGGCAUCUGAGGCAUCCAUGGUUUCAGGGGCCAGUUCACUAGCAACGGUGGAUAAGAAGAUGGUGGGAAAGAGGGCGCACUUCUGGCCACAGUACCGGGUCUUGCUCCACCAAAAUGCAAUUCGUUGGGUUCGAUUGUGGCAGCAGAAAACACUGAGCACUUUGCUGGUCAUAGCCGCUGCGAUUAUGUUCGGAGCACAGUGUACCGACAAGCUUGUGCCUGGGAACAUUUUGUGCCCCUUGAAGAUCAACCUUUCGCACUUGGCGGUUGGGCUGAUGGUCGGCAUAGCUUGCUUGCAAAUCUUUGGGGCUGAUCGGCCAACCUUCUGGCGAGAAAGCGCCAGCGGAAUAAGGGUGAUUGCUUUCUUCCUCGCGCGCAUCAGCGUUUCAUUGUUUGACGUGCUGUUGUGGACCUACAUCUACACGGCGGUUUGGAUGGCCUGUGCCUCAGCCCCAUGCCCGUACUGGAUAUGGCUGAUUGCUUUCCGCAUGACGGCAGUCAGCUCUGCCGGCAUUGGUCUUCUUCUUUCAGCCGUAGUUCCAGAGCACAGCUCAACAUUAGCCACUGCAGUUACGAUCCUGAUCAUGGGCGGUGGCAUCAGUGAACCACAAACAGUUGCGGAAGCGGCUGGUACCUUCAAGGAGGUCCUAGCAUUCUUAUCACCUUUUACAUGGGCGAUGGGUGAGAAUUAUUUGGCCGUCAUUGACUUGCAAGGUGGCGAGGAAGCAGUCAUAGAUUUCGCCAUCGACAUCGUUGAGGGCUACAAGAGCAUAAUUCUUUCACUGGGUGGUGAGUAUCUUGGAUACGUGACUGCAGCCUACAUCUCGUGUGGUGUCUUCGGCAUGUUGGCCUUGGUCUCGGGCUACUUGACGUUGCGAUUCUCUUAUCGCGGGAAACAGGCGUGA